UGCACCUCGUGGCUCCGCAGCAGCGAUCGGCAGCAUCCUCCUCCUCCGAGCGAUGGCAGGGAAGCCGAUUUCCUGUUUACCGCCCGCCGAGCUGCCUCCCUAUGGUUCGGCGCUUCCCGAUCUCUCGUGACGGCCCGUGAUGCGGCUGGGAUGGAACCCAAGCCCAAGAUGCGCGUGGCGGGGCUGGUGCUCGCUCGAGGCGGCAGCGACGCCGUGAAAAAGAAGAACGCUCGACUGGUGUGCGGACUGCCUUUGUUGUCCUGGGUGCUGCGGCCGAUGCGGCACUGCAAGACCCUGGACGAGAUCUGGGUGUCGACGGACGAGCAGGAGAUCGAGGACAUCGCCAACGCCGAAGGCUGCAGCGUGCUCCGACGCUCCGAGGACUUCGCGCAGCCCGAGUCGCCCUCCAUCCUGGCGGUGCAGGAGUUCGUGCGACAGGCGCCCGGUGUGGAGGUGAUUGCGUUGGUGCAGUGCACGUCGCCCUGCCUCGCACCCUCCUACCUGGACGAGGCGGUCAGCCUGGUCACAUCAGACAAGUACGACUCGGUGUUCUCCAUUGCCCGCGACUACAAGUGGAGGUGGACAGAGCUCUCCCAAGAUGGCACCACGAGGCCGCUGAACUUCGACCCUGCCCAGCGGUUAUGCCGACAGGAGUGGGCAGGCGAGAUCGUGGAGAGCGGCCACUUCUACGUCACCAGGGCCGAAUUUGUCCGAGAAGGGCUGCUCCAGGGCGGAAGGUGUGGCUACGUGGAGCUUCCAGACUACCUGUGCCACGAAGUGGACACGGAGGAAGACCUGGUGAUUGCCGAGCAGAAGCUGCAGAAGUACGGCUUCAAGGGGGACAUUGUGCUCGACGCACCCAGCGAGUUCCAGUAGGCCUCGUCCAAAGCACAAAGCGGCCACCGCCGCACUAUUUAUUUCACGCGCUACUAUUUAUUUUAAAUUAUUCGUGCCCGGAGUCGCCGGACACUCGGAGAGUACCGCACCCCGCUGUGCCCCUGCCUCUAAAGCCACUAAAUAGGCCACGCUCAGAGUGUCGGCUCCCUGAUUUUCUUAUGGGCGCCGCCAUUUUGUUGCUUAGGGCAGAGAGGGUGCAAUUGGCAUUCGGUAUGAUUCAAGAACACACUUUUCUGAGCUCUAGAUAUGGUGUAGGGAAGCUCGGGCGAUAUCCUUUUUCUCUCUCACAGACUUGCGACAUUUCUGGGGGAUGGACAACUGUUUUGUGCAGUUUCAGAUAAAGCUUGGGAUAGCUGGCAACAAUGAUUUUAAGCACCAAGAUGGCUCGGGUGUCGUUACUCCGAAGCGUAGCUUACCGAAUCUGUCUACUUACCCUGACCGCUGGCCAAGCCGAGCUCAGCCGAUCACCCCUGACAGUCAACUGCCAAAGAAAAACUAUGUUUUGCACUCCUCGAGCAGUACACAAAAGCAUUAAAUCUGGUCGUCGUAACUUGGGUGUUUUCGAGGUUUAUUUUAUCCACUUAUUCGAUCGACACUUUUUGGUGGGAUCGGUGGCCGAGUGUGGUAAAGUGUUACGAAAAAUAAAUAGCGCAAAGGACACACAAGAAUACGAAGACGGGACUGGUGCUAGUCCCAUCUUUGUGUUCUUGUCUGUUCUUUGCUCUACGAAAUAUUCAUAAUGCUUAUCGACCUAGCUUACCUCAUAUUUUAGGGAUAAAGUGGCAAACGGGGCAGGUUUGUCCUGUGUGCUCCUUUUGUUUGUCUCAUUUUUGGUGCUGCUUUUCAUUACAUUCUUAGUUGCGGCCGAGCGCAUUAACAUACUGCAGCUUGGAGCAUGCAAAGAGAAAGCUCGUGCCACAGGGCCCAGAAGUCCCGGGUUUAACCUCCACGCCUGCCCGUCUCAAUCUGAACGAGCGUCGUAGCGGCACAAGAUUGUCUGUGCCAGAUUAGCGGUGCUACUGCACUGGCAAAAUCUCUUAUUCAUAGUGGAAGCAGCAGAUGUUCAUUGGAGUUUAUUAACAUUCUGUCGAUAAAAAAGUAUGUACAAUGCAAUUCGUCGAUUUUCGGUGUUGGACAAAGGGUGUGCACUUAACCGGGGCUCGUACCGAAUAAAACUGGACACAGCCAGGGGGUUUCAUUGAAAACAGCUUCGGUUUGGGGUUUUUAGUUUGCUUCGAAUUUGGUGAAACUGGCUUGGAAGUUAAUUUUUGUGUUUUAUCGAUGUGUUCCAAAAACAUGGAACCUAAUUACUAUCCAGUGCUUUUGCAACAUUUUGUUCAUUUGCCUUCGAAAAAACCGUUGACCGGGAAGGUUUUGUCAGGGCUCGUUCGCAAUUUGCGUCGACUGCGUUGCGCUGCAUUGCAUCCUGCAGCACAGCAUCCCCCCAUUGGCCCGUCGUAAGGGUAGCCAUAGAAACAGCUUGAUGCAAGCAGUCUUGACGGAGUCGAGCGCAGUCAAACAAGGUGCCUGAACCAACCUGAAAGGGCAACUCCAGUCAAUAGUUUUGAAUUUAGGAUUACGACUCUUUUCAUCUAAGGCAACGUCCCUAAAUUAUGAGGUAUAAUCUUUUUUUUCUCGAUAUUGUGCAUAGCUUUAUUAUCGCGACUCAAAAUUUGGUUUUGUGCGUCUGCGGCAAGACUGAAAGUGUCUGCUAGAGGGAUGGUAACACUGAUCAUUAGCCGUACGGCCGCAAUGUGACAUCAGUGUGGUGCUCCGGUGCACAGUACAACCAAUCAUUCGGAACUCCACCGAGACGUGACGUCACGAGGGUGCUGCGCCAGUAUUCCUCGACUAAGAGCUAACCACUGAAGAGCAGCUGGUUGGAUCCUUGAAAUCGGUUUUAAUGGAAGAUGCUGCUUCACUUUAACGUAAUAUUUCGGCUGCGAUCAUAUUUCGUGCCACUAAAGCGAUACCAGUCACUUAUAUCGGUAUUGUUUUCGACUGGAGUUGCCUUUUAAGGCUUUGCCCAAGUGGUACAUAGUGCAAGACCAAUCCGGGCCCCACAUGGGACAGCCUCUGGUCUUGUCGGCCUAAUCUGUAGCAGAGUGUAGCCGCUGAGGGCAACUUGGGAACAACUUUGGAAGUAACAAAGCGCAAAGAAAUGGUGUGUUCGUCUGCACCAUGCUUUAUUCCAGUUGGUAUGGCAUUGCUGUUUACUGUCGUUGGCAGACUUCAAGUUAUGUCAAAUGAUUAAACGUCUACACAUUGGGAGUGUGUAGAAACUUUAGUCGAGAGGCUGCAGAUGAACUACUUGCUAGUCUGGAAACUUUGACAGUUUCUGCCCUAGUAAAGUUUGUCACCACUAGCAACACUUUUCCAUAAUUUUUUUUUUUUUUCAAGCAGGUGUGGCACUUGUCAUGAGGUUUUCCAAUUAUUUCGAAAUGUGACCCUCGGGUCUAAGUAUAGAUAAAGUUUCCAGUCAUCCAUCUUGUGACGGGUCCAUAAGGUUUUACGUAAGAGUGGACACACCCGGUGACUUUUUCCAUGGAGGCUUCUCAGAACCCACGACCAUUCGUUGGGUUUUCCGAGUGAUCCGACUGCUUGACUUUAAACGUCGGCAGCACACCUUUGGUGCUUCAAUGUGUCCCUAGGGAAAGCAUCCCCAUGGCAUGACGAAAGGGCUCCAAACUAGGUCAUUUAAUGAUUGCGGUAUCACAUUGCUCUUUGCUGUCAUUGGUAGACUUGCAAGUUUCUCGAGGGAUCGAAUGCCUGCGCACCGGGGAUCGAGAGGCCACGUGCCCGGCCUUUAUUAUGACGAGGCCCGGUGGCUGCGCCUUGGCACAUCAGCAGGCAGAAAUCGGAGAAUCGCGGUAGUGCUCCACGAAUGUCCGGCGACUCCAAAUGCUCCCGACACCUCCCACAACUCGCGUCGUAGAGAACUUAGUCUAUUUUAUGCAGCGUCUCCAAAUACCGCAUUAUCUGUGCAUUUUCUUCGUGUGUGCGGACGGCUGCAGUAGCAGUCCCCGUCCGUUCAGGACGGAGCGCACGCACACCGCCAUCUCUGCGCACUCGUCGCAUGCACGCUCAUUGUCACCGUUCCACCGUGGCAUGGCAAGGCUCCUGUCCCAAAAGCGGGCGGCGAGGCUUUCUUUUCUAGCCGUACCGCAUCGACGCUUCAAUUUUCCGCGUCGUUCAAUAAAGGCGUUGUCGUACCUUGUA